AUGAACUUUCAUUGUGAGGAGCCGCUGAGACUACGAGCUGGUGUGUUACCUGGGCAGUGCCCCCCCAACCUGUACCGAUGCCCCCAGAAGGUGCAGAGCGGCGUCUGGUCGGGAAAGAUGCCCUGGGCAGUGUCCCCCAGCCUGCACCGAUGCCCCCAGAAGGCGCAGAGUGGCAUCUGGUCGGGAAAGACGCCCUGGGCAGUGCCCCCCAACCGGUACCGACGUCCCUAG